AUGGUUUGUCUAGCUUCCGUUUAUGGAAAAUGGAUGGUGAUGGAAGACAAGUCAUGGCAUUUUGAGAUGGACAAAGGAAAAGGAGGGAGAAUGUUCUACUUACGGGAUGGUUGUACACAUAAGGAGCCUCUUAGAAUGGAACAAGCUGACUAUAUGUUGGAUAUGGAAGCAGACAUGGUGGAAUUAUCUUAUCAAUGUGAUGCUCCAUCAAAUACCCUCAGACUUUCCUCAUAUGUACAUCACCAACGGCUUCUGAUACUUUAUGAAACGGUUGGAAAUCGCCCCGUAAUUGCUGGAGGAGAGAGCUGGCGGGAGGGAGGGUCGUGGGAGUCAAGAGGAGAAGUCUUCUUGAGCAGAUCUGAAGGGGAAAAAGCCAACUGCGGCGGUUCUAGAUCUGGAUCUGGAGGACACAGAUGA